CACGAUAGACUUCAAGAUAUCGUUAGUUUCAAUGAAAGAUAAAGUAUCGCCUAGUAUUUUAUGGCAGCCGCUACAAUAAAAUACCACAGGGUCGACUGAGAUAUCCAUUCUCCUUUAUCCUUUACUUUGAUGAUGACCGGAGAUGAUAAGAAUGAAACUCCAAUGAAAAUAGAGCAGAUGACUUCCUUAGCUUUAAGCAUUUUGACUUUGCUAAUUAUCUGCUCACUUUGUUUAUCUUAUUAUUUACAGCAGAAGAAGAUUAGGUCCGUACAUGAGACCGUUAUAGCCGUCUUUGCUGGUAUGGUCGUUGGUUUGAUUAUUAGACUCAGUCCAGGGCACAUCAUCAGAGAAAUGGUCACCUUCUCUCCUUCUCUAUUCUUCAAUCUGCUUUUACCGCCCAUCAUUCUGGACUCUGGUUAUAGACUACGUGAAGCACACUUCUUCAGGAAUAUCAUCCCGAUUCUUACUUUUGCUUUGGCCGGUACCUUCAUAUCUGCUGUCGUCAUCGGUUUCGUCGUCUACAUUUUCUCCUUUUUACACAUUUCUAGUCUAAAAAUUAGCUUAGUAGAAUGUCUCAUCUUGGGUUCAACACUGUCCGCAACCGAUCCAGUUACCAUAUUAGCAAUAUUUAACACAUAUAAGGUUGAUCCAAAGCUAUAUUCUGUUAUCUUCGGUGAAUCUAUCCUCAAUGACGCAGUUUCGAUUGUUCUUUACGAAACACUCAGUCAAUUUCAUGGUGCAGACUUGAAAAUGUCCUCCUUUUUCAGAGGUUCAGGUAUUUUCUUCUUGUCAUUCUCAGGUUCUAUGGCACUCGGUGUCAUUUUCGCAUUAGCCUGUAGUUUAGGUUUGAAACACUCCAAAGUUGGCUCAUAUCCAGGUAUAGAAAGUUGUUUAGUCUCUUUAAUAGCAUACACUUCGUACUUCUUUUCAAAUGGUAUUGGUAUGAGUGGUAUCGUUUCCCUCAUUUUCUGUGGUAUCACGUUAAAACACUACGCUUAUCAUAAUAUGAGCCCGAAGACACAACGUACUACCAAGUCUAUGUUCCAUGUUCUUGCUCAGCUUUCUGAAAAUUUCAUUUUCAUAUAUCUCGGAAUAACUUUAUUUACACAAGAUACCACUGAAUUUAAACCAAUAUUCAUUGUUGUCGUCUGUACAGCUGUCGUUGUUGGUCGCUAUAUGACCGUAUUCCCACUUUCAAAAGUUAUCAACCUGGUUUAUAGAUCGAAAGGUCAACGUGCACCUGAAUUACCUCACAGUCAUCAAAUGAUGCUCUUCUGGGCAGGAUUGAGAGGUGCUGUAGGCGUAGCUUUAGCAGCUGGUAUUACAGGAAAAAAUUCAGCCGCCUUAAGGACUACCGUUUUGAUUGUCGUCGUAUUGACAGUAGUCGUAUUUGGUGGUACUACAUCUAGAAUGUUAGAAGUUAUGGGAAUUAAAAUGGGUGUAGAGGACGAUGAAGCAUCUAGUGAUGAAGAAGAUGAUUACCCAACGCAAUUUGGUUUCAGAAGAGGUUCUAACAAUUACCCAUACUUCAAUCAUCAGACUCAAGCUUUAUCACCACACUAUUAUGACAACAAUGACAUUGAAGAAGGUAUUAACUUAGAAUUACCAAGACAAAGCGAUGUCUUUAUAAGUACUGCUUCGUCUUCAACGUCAUUAAAUAAGGCAACAUCACCUGUAAAACGAAGUGACUCAGCAGAGAGACGACCUAAGAGUAGUAUAAGCCCAUUAGAUGAUACAAUAGAAGAUGACAAUGAGGUCCUUCCACUUGCUAACAGUAAAGUUAAUCUACAAUACGACGAAGAUACAGAUAAGAAUCAGUUGGUAUUUAGGGAUGGUAAAUGGUUUACAGAUCUAGAUGAAAGAUACCUUUUACCAUUGUUUAGUAAUAGCGUUGCAAGUCGACGUCACAACGCUCGUAAAUCCAGCUCUAGACGGAAUCUGCAGGAAGCAGAACAAAGUCAAACGAAUAAUAACACUUCGUCUAGUAGUCUUAAUGAAGGAUCCCGAGAAUUGUAAAGUCGCAUACGAAUAUGUUUUUGCAUAAUAUAUAAAUAUUCCAAUAGCUUUAUUUGUACUUAUAAAGAAAUCAUAAUAUUAAGCUACUCAA